GAAUGAGGUAUGAAAAUUUAAUUGAAAAUAUUAUCACAAUAACUUUGAACUAAAUGGAACUGAUGCAUAAGUGUACGAUUUAUGUAUUUUUAAAAAUUUAAUUAUGGAAUAUAAAAUCAGUAAUAUAUCUGUAUGGGAACGUUAUAAUGACAGUGAUCUUUUAUUAUUUAAAACAUUUGCACCACAUUUAACCAUAGUAGAAAGAGCAAAUUUUCCAUUAUGGGCUAUACUUGGUUUUCCUGGAAGUAUAUUCAGUAUUAUUGUAUGGAGUAGUCGUCCAAUGAGACGUGGUGGUAGUGCUGCUGCUGCAGUUUAUCAAGCUAGUCUUGGCGUUGUGGAUUUAUGUUUUUUUAUUAUACAUUUGAAUUGGUAUUUACAUGUGGCAUGGCAACUCGGUGUACUUGAUCAUCCGGUAAUUUGUGAAACAUUCCCUGUUAUAAAUUAUUUAAUACAAUAUCUAAGUCCUACAUUGGCAUUUACAUUCACAUUAGAAAGAUAUUUAGCAAUAUGUCAUCCAUUCCGUUCACAAAGAAGUGUAAUGCGUUCCACAGUGAAAAGUGCUUUUAAAUUUAUUGCAAUAAUGUUUGCAUUUUGUUUGAUUACAGCUAGUGUUCAAGCAUUUGUAUAUGCUUAUAAUAAUGGUGUAUGUACUACUAGACCAUCAGUUGAAGAUCCUAAUUCUAUUGGAUUUAGUUUAUAUACAAAUUGGACUUUUAUCACAGAAUCAUUAUAUUUUUUCUGUUUACCAAUUACUUGUCUUGUAUUGAAUAUAUUAGUCAUUGGAGUAUUACGACAAAGUAUUAAAUCAAAACGAAAUACUUUAAUUGCAACAACAGUCAAUGGUAAUUCAAAUAUAAACUGUGAUCGUAAUCAAAUUUCACAACCGUUAAGUAAAGGAGCCCGUUCAAGUACAUUGACAUUAUUAUGUACAUCAUUUUAUCUUAUUAUUGCACAUCUAUCUGUAGCAAUAGCCGUAGUAAUUCAUAAACGUUUACCAACUGGUAAUGAAUAUUUAAGUGAUGAACAAAUACGUAAUGAUCCUGGUUGGACAACUUAUUUUCGUUUCUUUACAGUACGUGUAUUAAUUGAAUGUUUUGCAAUGACACAUUAUGCUGCAAAAUUUCCAAUUUAUUUAGCAACAAGUAAACAAUUUCGUCAUGAAUUUUGUAGAAUAUUUCAAUGUUUUUGCAGAAAUCAAUCUUAUUUAUUACGAGAUACUGAUACAGAUAUUGAUCAAAAUACACAUUUACAAAAUGGUAAACGUUCAACUUUCAUAUAUAACAGUAAACAUUCAUUAAACACUGUAUGUAAAACAAGUUUUACACAAAAGAAAUUAAGAAAUUCUUCUGUAUCAUUCAUUUCUACAAAUCAAAAGUUAUCACCUACAAAAAUUCGAAGACGUCCAUCACCUGGUCUAAGUCGUACUGUAUUAGGUGUAGAUGGACAACGUGUAAAAGUUAAAUCAAGUAUUUCUAUAAGUGUUUAAUAAAUUCAAGAAUUAAACCAAAUAUUAUUAUUAUCUACAUCAAAUGAACAACACCUUCACUCUCACCCCUAGCGAAAAAUUUAACAAAUAUUAAAAUAUGGCUACUUUUAACUAUUCAUUUCAGUUACGACGGUGUAUAUUUUUUUUAUAUACGCUAUACAAAACAUAUAAUGUAUGAAUGAAAAUUUAUUAUUUUUAUAAACAAUGUAAAAUGUCAUAAACAUUAUCUCUUUAAUAUGAACAAUUUUAUUAAUCGAUAAACAAAUAUUUGUUUAUUUAUUUGUUUGUUUGUUUUUCUAUAGAAACUAAUAAUCUAUGCAUUCGACAUCCAGAAAAAAAGUGUGUUCAAUGACCGCUUAGAGAUACUAUACUAUACUGUUCAUUCAAAACAUUACCAUUAUUAUUAUUCAUAUGAAUGACAAUAAAAAUUUAUCAUAUUUUAUUUUAUUUCAUUUCAAGUUUAAUGAAGAAUAAUUAUGAUAGAAUAUUCUAUUUGGGAAUUUAUUGAUAAUGAAAUAUGAUGUAAUGAAUUAAUAUUGUAAUGUUAAUAAAUAGAAAAUGCAUAAAUGAGUCAUAGUAAUAAUACAUUUUUUUACUAUUAAUAUUACAUUGACUGCAAUUGAUCGCUUUCUUGUUGGAAUCUAUGCAUCCUGUGCAGAUUAUCUCGAUAUAAUCUUAAGUUACAAGCUUCUAAGCAAAGGUAGAUAGUGGCCAUCUUUGAUUAAAUCAGAGUUCUUUUUUAAUGAAUAAACAAUAUUCUAAUGUUACUAGUCAAUAAAUUAAUACAAUAAACUAACUAUAAAACAGAUUCGUAAUAUCGUUCAUCUUUUAGUUGCAACACUCACCUUUUUAUUUUAUUCUAUUAAACUAAUUUAUUACAUUUUCUUUUAACUCAUUUAUUCAUUGUUCCUUUCCUCAUUAACCUUUCCUAACAUUUAUUAUUGUAAAUUCUAUUAAUGUAGUAUACAUUGUGUAUAUUCGUUCAUUAAAGUUUAUUAUUACUAUCAAUUUAUAAAUAAAUAAGA